GAAACGGAAGAUUUAAGCUUACAAACUCGAAUACGUUCAUUAAAUUGGGUAACAAAUGGAUUUUUGGAAACUGCUUUGGAUGAGUCUUCUGCACAGGUUCAGGAAUAUAUGGAUGAGGCAAUAACGGAAAUUGUGGAUUUAAACAGUCAACGUUCUGUUGUUAAAAAAAUGGAAUGCCUCGUUCGAUGUUCAAAAAACAUUUUCAAUGCCCUCAAAGAAAGCCGUUUUGGCGCCCCAGCAAGUGCAGAUGAAUUUUUGCCAGUUUUAAUUUUAAUUGUGUUGAAAGCAAAUCCUCCAUUAAUUCAAUCAAAUUUAAAAUUUAUUUGUCGGUUUGGUUUACCUUCAAGACAUAUGCGUGGAGAAUAUGGCUAUUAUUUUACAAAUUUGAGCAGGUUUGGAAAUUUUUAAAAUUUUUGGAAAAGGUUUUUCUGAUAAUGUCGGGUUGUGCGCCAACAUUUGGCGGUUUAAAAUUUAUUUUUUAUACGUAUAUUUCGGGGGACCUUUCUACCCAGGGCUGCACGCAAUUGAAAAAAAGUCGCAAUCCGCAACUCGCA